AUGGCACUGCGGACACAAUAUCCACAAAAAACUAAAUGUUUGGGCUGGCAUGCUGCAAAAUCAUAUCAUUGGGCCUUUUUUAUUGAUGGUAUGUUAACAGCUGCCAAAUAUUUGGAUAUGCUACAAAACCAAAUUGUACCAGCAGUUCGAAAUUUGCCAAUCAAUUUUGAGGAAGUGUGGCUUCAGCAGGAUGGCUGUCCUGCGCAUAACGCGCGGAACGUAAAUCUGUUCCUUCAAACCACAUUUCCCAAUCGGCUAAUUUCCAAACAAGGCACAAUUAAUUGGCCACCACGUUCUCCUGAUUUGUCGCCCAAUGACUUCUUUCUGUGGGGAUAUGUAAAAAACUCCAUUUAUGGCCAUAACCAUGAACGACCCAUGAAUAUUGACGAGCUGCGAUUAAAAAUCGUUCAGUCGUUGGAAAAUAUCCCCGCUGUUAUGUUAGCUAAAGUUAGAUCAGAGUUUUAUAACCGUCUUGGCUAUUGCGAAGCACAACAGGGAGGUAUUUUUGAACCUUUGAUUUAA